GCGGGCGGGUGCGGCCAUGGCGGGUGCGGCCAUGGCGGGCGAGCCUCCCCCGGUAGAGGAGCGGCGGCGGCUGCAGGAGGAGCUGGCCGGCUUCGUGGACAGCUGCCGGCGGACGCUGGAGGAGGUGACGUCGUCCCUGGGCUGGAGCCUGGAUCGGCUGGACCCCGGGGAGGAGGCGGCGGCCGAGGAUGAAGUUGUGAUAUGCCCUUAUGAUUUCAAUCAUCACAUGCCUAAAUCAUCUUUAGCAAAGCACAUGGUAUCAUGUAGAUUGAGGAAACUUGGGUACACCAAAGAAGAAGAGGAUAAAAUGUAUAAUUCUGAAUUUUUCUAUGAGAAUAUGAAGAUACCUUCCAUCACUUUGAAUAAGGACUCACAAAUCCAGAUAAUUAAACAAGCUAGAACUGCAGUUGGAAAAGAUGGUGACUAUUAUAAUCAAAUAAUUGGGUUUAAUACAUCAUAUCAAGGGAUUUAUUCUUCCUUACCUGUCGAAGUUCCUCUGAAUCACAAACGAUUUGUUUGUGAUCUGACCCAAGCUGAUCGUCUUGCCCUCUAUGAUUUUGUAAUUGAGGAGACAAAGAAAAAGCGCUCUGAUUCCCAAAUUAUCGAAAAUGACAGUGAUCUCUUUGUAGACUUGGCUGCAAAAGUCAAUCAAGAUAACAGUCGAAAAAGUCCAAAGUCUUACCUUGAAAUCUUGGCAGAAGUGAGGGAUUAUAAAAGAAGACGUCAGUCCUAUAGAGCUAAGAAUGUUCACAUUACCAAGAAAUCAUAUACUGAGGUGAUUCGGGAUGUGAUAAAUGUGCACAUGGAAGAACUCAGUCAUAAUUGGCAAGAAGAGCAGGAAAAAGCACAGGAUGAUGCUGAAAAAACAUUAACUUUAGGCUGGGACACACUGAAAACCAGUGAAGAAAGUGAACUGAUGAAUGGUCCUGUCUGUUUCAGGAGACGAGAAAGGCGAUCAGCCUCAGUAGAUUCUCGGCAGUCUGGUGGAAGCUAUUUGGAUGCUGAGUGUUCACGGCAUAGAAGGGAUCGGAGUAGGAGCCCACAUAAACGAAAAAGAAAUAAAGAUAAAGAUAAAAAUUGGGACUCAAGAAGGAGGAAAGAGAGGGAUGGGGAAAGACAUCAUAGUCAUAAAAGAAGAAAGCAAAAAGUAUAAUUUAAAUAUUCAUGCAUGUGUUAAUUAUGCUAAUGGCAAGAUAACCAAUAUGCUGAUAUUUCCAUUGUAAUUGCUUUGACUAGGGGAAAAUGUUUAUAUGAUCUGUUUAGUGCUCAGAUCACUAUUUUUCAAUAAGUGUUUAUGUCUCAAACCAUAAGCACUAUAACUUUGUUUUCCAUAUAUUUUUGUUUCCCAUGUAUUUUAAUAGAUGACAGCUACCUGUUACUAAUUUUGUUCUUUUUUUCUUUUUCAAUAAUUUAUGUAUGAGAAAAUUCUUUAAUUCAGUACUUAAAUUAUAUAAAUAAUAUACGAAUGCAUUUGCAUUGUAAAAAAUUAAACCUUACAGAACACCACCUUUCAUUCCUAUGGCCACCCCAGUGGUAACUGCUAUUUAGCACUACACUGGUGAGUUGUAAUAGGGAAAAGCAACCUAAAUAUCUGUCAGGAGGGGAAAGGCCUGGCUAAAUAAAAUGCACUAUAGUCAUAUAACAGAUUAUUUAUAUAAGAUUUUAAAAAUAAACUUUAUAUGAAUAUGGAUACAUUUUAGAAACACAAUGUUACGUGACAACAGCAAGUUACAGAAAGAUAUAUACAGUAUUAUACAUUUUCAAUGGCUAUAUAUGUAUGUAAAUAUAUUUUUAAAGAAGAACCCAUAUCAAACUCACAGCAGUGAUUAUUUGGGGUGACAGGUAAGGGGUUUCUGUGAAUAUUGGCAGGGUGGUUAAAGGAAACUUUAGCUUUACCCAUAAUACAUUAGUUUCUUAAAAAUAAGGUAGGUAUUCAGCCUGGCUAGUGUGACUCAUGGUUGAGCUUUAUCCCAUGGACCAGGAGGUCAUGGUUUAAUUGCUGGUCAGGGCACCUGCGCCAAUAGGGGGU